AUGGGUUUCUUCUCAAAGUCGUUCGACCCAGCUACUGACCUCCCAGACUUGUCUGGUAAAGUCAUCCUUAUCACAGGCGGAAACACAGGUAUUGGGUACUCGACUGUGAAGCACCUGGCACGCCGUGGUGCUAAGGUGUACAUGGCCGCGCGCAACCAAACCAAGGCAGAGGAGGCGAUCGCGCAACUGAAAGCAGAGGGCCUGGGUCCUGGGAACGGUGAUGUUAUCUGGUUGGAACUUGAUUUGAAGGACCCUCGGAAUGCGAAGAAAGCGGCAGAGGAAUUUAUGAAGCAGGAGAAGAGAUUGGAUGUACUAAGUCAUUUGCUUGAGAAUUACACCAUGACACCGGAUGGUGUUCAGGAGAUAGUGAUGGUCAACGUAAUAAGUCACAUCGUCCUGACACGCACUCUUCAACCGCUCCUGGACCAGACAGCAGCAGAACCUAAUUCAGACGUCCGCAUAGUCGUCGUCGCUUCAGAUGCCCACCGGUUCGUAUCAGGGGACACUCAUUUCCGCAAUCUUGAUGAUCUUAACAACGAACUCAAGAGUUCGCUUUCCCCUACCUUCGCGCGGUAUUGCGUUUCAAAACUCAUGAACAUGCUCUACGCUUUUGAACUUCAACGGCAUCUCACCGCUGUUGGCUCUCCCAUCACUGUUAUCGCCCUUCAUCCUGGAGCAGUUAACACCUUUUCCGAUAAGCCGCCCCUAUCCAACUUCAAGUUCAUCGUCAAGCCCAUCGUGUCCCUCUUCUUUUUACAUCCAGACCAGGGUGCAUAUAACUCAGCGUUUGCAGCGGCGUCGGAAGAAGUGGUCGAGCAGCGCCAGAAGUACAAGGGCGCAUAUCUAACGCCGGUAGGCAAGCUAACAGAGCCGACGAAGGUGGCAAAGGAUGAGGGGCUUGCAAAGGAGCUUUGGGAUACUGUGGAUAAGUUUUUGGAGGAGAAGGGGAUUUGA